AUGAACACCACAAGGCCAGUCGAUGCAGCCUUCACCAAAUCCCUCCCCAAAAUCGAGCUCCACGCCCACCUCAGCGGCAGCAUAAGCCGCCAAUGUCUCCACGAACUAUGGCUCCAAAAACGCGCCGCAGACCCCACAUUUGACCUCCCAGAUCCCUGGGUCGUCAUGCCCCCGGGCAAGGUGGACUACACACUUGAUACAUUCUUCAACACCUUCGGCACAUUCACCUACCACCUCCUCACCGAUCUACCCUCAAUAACCUACGCCACAACCUCCGUCCUAUCCGACUUCCACGCCGAUGGCAUCAAAUACCUCGAACUCCGCACGAUCCCCCGCCCCAGCCCCAACUUCACCCAAGAAUCCUACAUAACAACCAUCCUCUCCACAAUAACUACCUUCACAGAUCGCCACCCCGACCUAACAACCCGACUCAUCCUCGCCCUCGACCGCGGUGAGCACACCCCUGCCGACGCAGAUGCCGUCGUCAACCUAGCCAUUGCCCACAAACCGCUUGUCGUGGGGGUGGACAUCGCCGGGAACCCGAGUAAGGGGGAUAUGGCGAUUUUCGGCCCCGCGCUGGCGAAGGCCAAGGCGGCUGGGUUGGGCGUUACGGUGCAUUUUGCGGAAGUGAGGACACCGCCGAAGGAGGGGGAGCUGGAGACGAUAUUAUCGUUUGAGCCGGAUCGGUUAGGGCAUGUUAUUCAUGUGCCUGAGGAGCUGAGGGGGGAGAUUAUUCGGCAAAAGGUAGGGUUGGAGUUGUGUAUGAGUUGUAAUGUUCAUGCGAGGCUUUUUGAUGGCGGGUUUUUGGAGCAUCAUUUUCGGGAGUGGUGGAGGGUUGAGGAGUGUCCGGUUGUGCUAUGUACGGAUGAUGUGGGCUUCUUUUGUAGUCCUGUGUCGAAUGAGUAUUUCCUUGCGGCGGAGCAUUUCAAACUCACUCGCGCCGAUGUUGUGGAUAUAGCUCGAAGAGCUGUUAGAGUGAUCUUUGGAGGCGAGGAGGAAAAGAAGCGGUUGUGUAGACUAUUAGAUGAGUUUGAGGCCGGUUAUAGAGAGUGA